AGAUCCUUCGAAUUACGCAUGCGCAUUUCUGUUAAAGAGAUGCUACAAUGGGUUCGCUGGGUGGAUAACAAAUAUAUAACGUAAACAAAGUAGGAGCGACUCUUUAACAAGGAUUUUAUAAAAAUAUGGGAUUUUUGGAUGAGUAAGUGUGAUUAACAUGAAUUUCAUGAGGAAUAUAUAGCUGUGGGAGAAUAUGGCUUUAGUCACUGUUCAGAGGUCACCGUGCGGAACUAACUCCCCUGGUGCAUCCACUAACGAAGUGGACGGUCCCGAUUCACCAGAUGGGGAUGAAGAAAGUACAGAUAAGAAAGGGAUCAGUGAGUGUUAUUUUGCUGUGAAGGGUGCUGCUCUUGUCUUACCUCAUGAUGAAUGUUUGCAUGUCCACCACAGAAAAAAUAUUGCAAAUGGAGCCUGUGAUAUUCAACAACAUUUGCAAUCAAUGCUCUACUUACUUCAUGCAGAUGACAUUCUUAAAAUGGCGGUUAAACUUGAAAGCAUCCAUAGUGGCCGCACUCGAUACCUAGUUGUUGUUUAUCAUAAUGCUGGAGAACAUCAAGGGGAGGAGAGCUGUUUAUUGGGUAUUGAUUGCAAUAAAGAAACCACCAUAGGUCUACUACUUCCAGUAUGGGCUGACACAAGAAUAACUCUUGAUGGUGAUGGGGGUUUCAGUGUUACUUCCAGUGGAAAUCAUCAUAUAUUUAAACCUGUAUCUGUCCAAGCUAUGUGGUCUGCUCUGCAGACUCUCCACAAAGCUAGUUCCAAAGCUAGAGAAAAUAAUUACUUUAAAGGCGGUGGAACACACCACUGGUUGGAAUAUUAUGAGAAAAGAAUUGCAUCCGAUAGGUCCUGCCUCAAUGAGUGGCAUGCAAUGGAUGAUAUUGAAUCCAGACGUCCACCUUCUCCUGACACUAUUCGUUUACAACCUACAGAGCGAGAAGAGACAGAAAGACAUAUCAGAAUGAAACUGAAAGAAAUCAUGAUGUCAGUGGAUUUGGAUGAAGUCACUAGUAAAUAUAUUCGUACUCGACUUGAAGAAAUUCUGGACAUGGAUUUGAAAGAGUACAAACCAUUCAUUGACCAAGAAAUGCUGACAAUAUUGGGUCAAAUGGAUUCUCCAACUGAAAUUUUCCAAUAUCUCUACUUAGGAUCUGAAUGGAAUGCCUCCAACUUGGAAGAAUUAGUUGUUAAUGGUAUUGGACACAUUUUGAAUGUUACAAGAGAAAUUGAUAACUUUUUUCCUGGUAUGUUUGAUUAUCAAAAUAUUCGGGUAUAUGAUGAUGAAUCCACUGAAAUAUUACAUUAUUGGGAUAAGACCUAUCGAUAUAUUAGGAGAGCGAAGGAUGAAGGCUCAAAAGUAUUAGUGCAUUGUAAGAUGGGAAUCAGUCGUUCUGCAUCAGUUGUGAUUGCAUAUGUCAUGAAAGCAUAUGACUGGGAUUUACAAAGAGCUUUGGAAUUUGUGAAAACUAAACGAGGUUGCAUCAAACCAAAUUCUGGUUUUUUGAAACAGCUAGAAAUAUAUCAAGGAAUUUUAGAUGCCAGCAAGCAACGUCAUAAUAGCCUGUGGCGUUCAAAGUCUGAAACAAACCUGAAAUCUGCUUCUAAAUCAAAGAAAAAAGAAGAUGAUGAUGAUAAGAAGAAGCAAAAAGUUCCUGAAAAAAGUGAAUCCCUUCACCAUCUGACUAUAAGCAGUAGCUUUUCACCCCGACCCAAAUCCUGGUCACCCAGUGAAGCUGUGGCAGACAUAUUGUUUCCUACAAAAAGUAAUCAUGAAAAACUUUCUAGUGGCCAAACUUUUAGCUCACAGCAUCUUGAAAAUUUAAAUUAUAACUUAAAAACUACCAGUUCUCUGAAUGACUUUGUGCAAUCCAAAGCAAAACAGAGUACUGAAAGUAAUAAAGAACUUCUAAAUAGCAAUGCACCAUUACCCAGAGUAUCAUCCAUAAAGGAUAGAAUAAAUGAAUUGGAAUUGCAAGUGACAUCCACCAGUGAUAAAUUAGUGAAAAGUGAACUGAAAUCCCCAACAUCUCAGAAUCGCUCAGGCCUUGUGUUUAGUUUAGCAAAUCAGUUUGAGUCUGGAUCUAAGCCUUCCUCGCCUGUUGAUGAAGGUUUAGUUAUGAAAACAUCUCUAGAGGAUGCAAUAGUUCAGCCUGUUAUGUCCCAAAUGAAACCACCUGUUUGCAAACACCAUGCAGUUCUUGUGAAGCCUGAGUGGCCUGAAGACAGUAGACCAAUGCCAGAAUCUGUCCAGCUUAGUGAUAGUAUACUUCUUCAAAAUGUCAAAAUUAAUUCCAAAAUGCCUCAACAUAUCCAAUCUAGUAUGAGCAGCAGGUCAUCAGAUGAAUCCUGUGAUAGUUCUGCACAAAAAGUUGGUGAUGAAUCCUCUCUUAAAACUAGUCACUUGGCUUUCAUGCCUUUGAAUGCCUACACAAACUCCUAUUCACGAGGUUCAAUGGACAAAAGGCCAGGUCAAAUUCAGCAAAAUUUGCCAGAUCUUUGUCAGCCUACUGCAACUUAUUCUAGCCUAAGUGAUAAGAAAAUUGCUGGGAUGCAACUUCCUUGUCUAAAUACUGAAAAAAAUUUAAUUAUUAAUAUGAAAGAUGUGAAUAAAGUUUUGGAGCCCCUUUCACCCAUCAAAAACCCAUUUAAAAACCUGGACAAUUCAUUGGUCACCUCUUCUCAAGCACAUUUGCCUGCAAUGUGUUGUGCCAAUCAUGGUGAUAUGCUGCCUCAACCUAACUAUUUUUAUGACAAAGAAGAUAUUCCUUUUACUCCUGGUAAAGUUUUGCGUACCAAGCAGAAAAUUGAAGAAAAGAACUUAACUCGAACAAUGUCUUUCGACAGUGGGUUUCCUUUACAAACUCGCUCCACGCCGUCCACUCCUCCAGAAUCCGAGUCUGGAAAGCUCAUCCGGCGUUCUCACAGUCUCCGCAAUGAUUGCCGAUCAACCAUUUCAUUUUGUGGCAAAUGGUAUCCACUUCCUGCUCUUGCAUCUGAUGCCCCAUUAUCUUUCAAGAGGAGCUCGCAAUGUCUGCAAAACAACACUGUGAAUCUCAGUGUGAGUACUCCAUCAGUGGUUGAAGCAGUCAACAGGGUGAUCUGUGGAACGCAGGAAGUCCUCUCCAGUGCCAUUCCUUUUAUGCCCCACCAAAAAAAGGCAUCCUCAAGCUCAGAUUCUGACUUUGACUUUGGGAGUGCCAGUUCCCUGCCAGACAUUGACUCCAGGGAUCCAACUAAGAGCCCUCCUACACAUCGAGAGAGUCCUGUUCCUGGUCUUGUCAAGCUGCAGCGGGAAAUACUAGAAAACAAGGCUACCAAACCUUUAAUUGAUAGGUUUAGUGCUGAAAGCAACAAAAAAAAAGAUGCAUUAAAGUUACUCGCCUCUGAGCAAGGAAGUUCCCUAGUCAUAUCUGAUGCAUCAAAAUGUGAAGCUAUCAAAGAGAGUGGGAUUGUUAAAAGACUAAAGAAAGAACUGGAAGCAAAAUCCACUUCAGACAUUAGCAAGAAAGAGAGAAACAUGGGAGCAGGUCUCCCGGAAGCAGAAGACACUGAACAAUGUGGAAGUAAAUUUAAUGUUAAUGUAUAUUCUUCAGCAGAAAAACAUAAUUUACCUCCUGGUUCAGAUCCUCUAAUUCCUAAAUUAAGAACAUCCCCAUGUUCCUCUACUGGAAAGAAAACUACAUUGGAAGAACAGAAAGCUCCUCCCACGCCCCACAGAAAAACCAGUCUGGAUCUAAGCUUUAUGCAGAAAAGGUUUCCGCUCAAUAUCAAAUUUGGUUCUCAACCAACAGUACCUAAUGUGAAGCCAAAUUCUCGGACUACUUUCAGUGUAGAAUGCAAAGCUCCAUGUGAUGUACCUUCUGCUACCCCUUCUUCUGAUCUCCUUGCCAAAACAUGUAUGAGUGAUAUUCCACCGAUUGGAUUGCCCAGAAAGAUGCGUAAACAACAGGGCAGUACCCAUCCUCUAAGUAAAUUAAUCAAACAAAGGCACCCAAAUCCACUUUAUAAUACUAUGUAAAAAUGAAAAGCAUAUGCAUUAUAUUCAAAUCAUAUGAAAUCAUCCAUUUGAAUACUGUAUAAACUUUUUUUGUAAAAUGAAAUUUUAUAUGUUCAAAAUCAGUUCUGUAAAAAUACAUACUUAACUCUUAAACGGCAUUCAUUAAAUGUUAUAGUAUUACAUACAUAUAGGCCUAGAUGCAAACAAUUCAUUAGUUCUAGACCAAAAAGGAAAAGAAAAAAAAAACCAUAAUUAAUGACACCAAACCGUUAAGAUAAACAAUGACUCGGCUUUUAUAGAAACGAAAAUAAUUUCAGUGCUUAUAUUUUGUUUGAAAAAUUAAUCAUUUAAAGUUUUUCAUGUAUAUUUUAAUAUUUGUUAAUUGUUGAGUUGAGUUUUGAAAAAGUGAAAAUUUUAAUAAAAUAUUUUAUCUAAAAAAUAAAGUCGUGCAUUUUUUAUGAUCAAAUAGCUUUGAUAAUUCAAAAAGAGGACACAUAAUUAAAAUAUUAUAAGAAAAAAAAUUCUCAUAACAGAACUGAAUAAUCAGAGCUUCCCGAUAGCUUUUGAUGCAUAUUCACAGGUGCACAUCAAACAUCCAAUGGAAAUACAUGCAACUUUAUCCUCUUAGUUGAUAGAAAAUUCAUUCUAUGAGCAUGUUUUUUCUUGGCCAUUUUGCUAUCUAUUUGUAAUUUUGUAUUGUAAAUAUCUGAAAAAAGUUGAUAUUGUAUUAGCUCAUCUGAGUUAAUUGUGGCAAAGUUAUGUAGCGCACAUUAAUUUAAUUUUAUAAAGUGCCUUUUUGUGCCGAUUAAAGUGAUCUAGCCUGUAAUUGUCUAUAUAUUUCAGAAGUAAUUUUUAUAUUUUUCUCUGAAAGUAUCAAAUGAAAGAUUUUAUAGCAAGUGUAAAUUUUGGAUUUGAAAAUAAACCAUGUUACUGAAUUAAUAGCAUGCUUAAUACUUAAUUUUAUGUCAUAAUUAGUAACUUAAUGCAUUUAACAUUCUUAAAAAUAUGAAAAAUUACAGCUAUAUCAUUUGUAUAAUUAAUAUGUUUGUAUUGAUAUUUAAUUUACUGUGCCUUUGAUAUAAUUUUACCUGUUCCAAGAUUUUUUUAAUACCUUAAGUAGGAUCAAUAUAUUUGCAAUUUUGUAACUCCAAUCCUUUUUUAUAAUAGAUUUUAUAAAAUAUGUAGGCCAGUUUUUGUUGCUGUUUUAAUUUAAUUUUUUUCAAACAAUUUGCCUGUUGGAAAACCAUGUAUCAUUUUCUGGUAUGAAUGUAAUAUAUAGGAAAUGCAUGUUCUGAAUGAGACCUUUAUUAGUGUGAUGUACAGGUUUGCUUGCUUUUAUGCAAAUUUCAUCAAUGUUCUGUUUGUAAGUAAUUGAGAGAUUAUUUAAAAAGCAGUUGUAAUUAAAAUAAAUUGAAAAUACCUUA